GACGCCGUGACGUCAUCUCCUUGCGCCACUGGGUCUGCAACAGUGGGAUCCUGCUCUGCUGCUGUCCAGGUGACUGGGAGGUCGGGUCUGGGCGUGUGGCCUGUCUACACCCGAUAGCAUUUUCCGUGGAAUAUGGGUGCUCAGGUGAGCGGCGGCCAGGGUGUGCCGGAACCAGAGCAGGCACAGCCCCAGCCCCCGCCUGCAGCCCAGGAGGCCCCUGCACCACCCCGGCCGGACCCUGGCCCCUGGGGGCCGCUGGACGAUGUGCGCUUCCUCAUCGCCUGCACUUCCUGGUACUGACACCAUCCUGGCUAUCUCACAGGGUCGGACCCCUGUUUUCCCACCACCAGGUGUGUUGUCUUCUGCCAUUAACUUGCAUUCUUCCCACCAUUUCAAAUUUUGGCUGCCUUUCAUCCUGCUCCCAAACCAUCUGUGCAGUCCCAGAGCCCAUGACCUUCCAGAAUCAGGCCAAAGCUCCUGAUAAAACCUCAUGACUGACCAAAUUUCUGCUUGUCUGUCUCUGCUGACAACUGGGCUCUUGUGUGUGUUCUGAAUCAUGGUGUCAUGUGACUUCAAAGAAGACAAGUGACCGCAGUGCCACAGUGAUCUUCCUCAUGUUCCAUGGGGAGGCUACCCCACAUCCUUUCCCGGAUCCCGACGAGGCAUUAUCAGACUGUUCCUGUAACCCCAGUAACAUUGAGUCUCCAGGGCCACCAUGGAGAGUGAGGACAUCUGAUUGCUGGGCUCAUAGACAAGAUGCAUGGAGCAGCUCCUAGACAUAGAAGGUCCCCCUUCUCCCUGGAGCUUCUUAAUGCCACCUUCAGAACCUGAUCCUUGCUCCCACAUCCCAGGGAAAUAACACACUCUGUAUUUGUAUUUUUUAUUUAUUUAGAAAUGAUUUAAAAAACAUUAUACAAAGGCUGAUCAGUUUAAAAUGUGA